UUGUGUGUGUGUGUUUGUGUUUUGCUGAACUUUGGACUAUCUGAGUAACUCUGACUGGAAACGAGGCAUUUUAAGAGAACAAAAUGGAGAAAUUUUCUCUCAUUAUUUUAAUAAAUGGAGUUUUUAUUUUAAUAUCGAAUUUCUGUCUCACAUCAUCAGUCUCAGUGUUCGUGUCGAGACAGACUGCACAGUCAGUGUUAUUGAGACAGAAGCGCUUUAAUAAAGGAGGACUGGAGGAAGUGAUGAGAGACAAUCUGGAGAGAGAGUGUAUGGAAGAGAAAUGCAACUUUGAAGAAGCACGUGAAGUUUUUGAAAACAUGGAGAAAACAAGAGUGUUCUGGAUGAGUUACAUCGAUGGAGAUCAGUGUUUGUCGUCACCUUGUCAGAAUGGAGGGACGUGUAAAGAUGGCCUGAGCUCCUACGUCUGCUGGUGUCCAAUCAGCUUCAUUGGGAAGAACUGCGAGCUCGAUCUAGAGAGACAGUGUGAUGUGAAUAAUGGAGGCUGUAUGCAGUUCUGUGAGGUGGAUAAGGUACAGGGGGUGGUGUGUAUGUGCGCUGAUGGAUACACACUUGGUGCUGAUGAGAGGAGCUGUGAGCCGAGAGAUAAUUACCCCUGUGGUCGUUUGGGGAAGAACAUCGCCAACAAACUUGCCACGAGAACGUUACUCACUGAAGAAACUGUGAACCAAACUCAUGGCAUCAAACAUGUCACUGUGACGGAGAGGAAUUUAACUACAGCAAACAGCACAAAUUCCACUGACAGAGACUGGGGUUUUUUCCCCACUUUACCAUCUAUCACAGAGGAGACCAACACCAAGACGCGCAUUGUGGGAGGAUUAGAAGUAGCAUCUGGAGAGGUUCCCUGGCAGGCGGCGUUGGUCCAUAAAGAAAAGAAGCUGGUGUUUUGCGGCGGUUCUCUCCUGAGUGACGUGUGGGUCAUCACCGCUGCUCACUGCCUGGUGGAGGCAGGGAUCGGAAAGUUCUUUGUAAGAUUAGGAGAACAUGAUGUUAAUGUUGAUGAACAUCGGGAAAGUGAUCAUGAAGUUGAUGAACACCACAUCCACCCCAGCUAUCAGCAUCAGCAAAGCCACAACCACGACAUCGCUCUGCUGAAGCUCAGCACACCCGUCACCUUCUCAGACUACAUCAUACCAAUCUGUCUUGGCCCAAAAACCUUCACAGAGUCCUUGCUGAAGAGCGUUUCCGUCUCACUGGUCAGUGGGUGGGGACGGAUACGCUACAGAGGGGUGGAGUCCGAAAGGCUGCAGAAGGUGGAGGUUCCCUUUGUGGACCGCACCGAGUGCAAAGGCAGCGAUAAGAUUUCACGCUUCAUGUUCUGCGCCGGGUUCCUGAACACACGCAAGGACUCGUGCCAAGGGGACAGCGGAGGACCUCACGCCACCAGACUGAACACAGACACGUGGUUCCUGACGGGCAUCAUCAGCUGGGGUGACGAGUGUGCUAAAGAGGGCAAGUACGGCGUCUACACGCGUGUGUCCAAAUACAUGAACUGGAUCACAAACGUGACUGGAAUCAAAGUAGCUUCUUCUGGAUGAAUACUUCAGGUUCCAGCAGGAAAGUGUUUACACCAUGAAUAAAUUUCAUCACUUGUCCAUAAUAAACAAAUCUUAACUUA